CACACUAGGCGCGACCUUUCGUGCAGCGAACAGUGAGGCUUCGAAACAGCGACAGACACUCGGUCUUACUCCGUUUAUAAUGUUUAUUUGCAAAUAUUUCAGAGGAGAUUAAGUGACUGUAACCGAGGAAGAAAACCGAACCGAGAUGCUUCGUUUUUCUCUGGUAGUUUGUGGCAGAGGAGCCGCUAAAAGGUUUGCAUCGUCGUUCUCUGGUCAGAGCGCUCUGCCUCCGAAUUUACUGCUGCCCACUAACCUCGUGGAUCCUGCCAGAUUAAAGCGCCCUCCUCCUCCUGCAGACUGUUCGCUGCCUCUCCUGAGGAAGUGUGAUGCUGUCGUUCCUGCUCACCUGAGCCCCGUCCAGACGUGGGUGGAGACUCUGGAGACGCAGGACAGUGAGCCGUUGGGUUUGGCUCAGCUCCACCCUGAUGUCUUUGCGGUGCCUCCGAGGCUCGAUAUUCUGCACGACGUUGAAAUAUGGCAGAGAAAUUACAAGAGAAUCAGCCACGCCAACACAAAGAUCAGGUCAGAGGUCAGAGGUGGGGGCCGGAAACCGUGGAGACAGAAAGGAAGUGGAAGAGCUCGUCACGGAAGCAUCCGAUCACCGAUAUGGAGAGGAGGUGGGGUGUCUCACGGACCCAGAGGGCCAACCAGUUACUACUACAUGUUACCCAUGAAAGUGCGAGUGCAAGGACUCAAAGUGGCGCUGAGCUCCAAGAUGACUCAGGACUUCCUUCACAUUGUGGACUCCUUGAACAUCCCCACACCGGACUCUCAGUAUCUACUGGACCUCAUCAGACAGAGACACUGGGGAGAGUCGGUGUUAAUAGUCGACGUAGGUGAAGAGUUUCCUGAGAACAUUCUUCAGGCCACAGCAAACUUAAAGACAGUGAACAUCAUUCCAGCCAUCGGUCUGAAUGUCCACAGCAUGCUGAAACAUGAAGCUGUCGUCCUCACUCUGGACACUGUCCGGUUUCUUGAAGACAAGCUGCUCUGGCAUGAUCAGCGUUAUACACCUCUGUACCCGUUUAAACUGCCCUACUCUGACUUCCCAUAAAUGACGUGAUAUUACCUGUAAUAUAUUCAUUCACUGCAGUGAGCCAGUUGUUUUCUUAAUGUGUUUAUUGUGUUUCACAACAAAAGUAAUUAAUAAAUAAUGCCAAUGAUAAAAAAACACAAUGUAAAGUUUUAUUAAAAGUGUCUAAAAAGGCAUAAGGAUAGCAAAAGGCCUAAAAUCGAUAAGUGAAUUUGUGAGGGAGGAGGCCAUUUGCUAAAUCGUUCCUGAUCUCCCAGCGGAGCGCAGAGCGUUUCUUCUCCGUUGGCACAAUGUAGGUGUUUGGCACAUAAACUCUCCGAGGUUUCGGCUGCAAUGCAGAACAAUGAAUACAAGUUAAAUAUUUGUCACUAACAGAGUUCUUAGUCCACAGAAGAGUUUGGAAGUUUUUUUCCUACAAAACUAUGUAAAAAUACAAUGGGGACGGUUGAAUAUGAACACGAAUUUUGUCUUGUACACUCCAAACACACAAGAGUUCUGUACACAUACAUAUUGUACUGAUUUUUAAUCUACACUAGAAAAUGUCAAAUGACAGUAAGA